GGCGCCACGCAACAGAGCCCUUCUGCUUGGACGACCACGACCACAAGGCCUUCUGCGCUGGCCUGAACGAGUCAGACCUAGCGAGCAUUCAGCCCGAGCUGCUGCCAGGCGCAGACGGGUUCCUGGAGGCGCCGCCGAACGCGAACCUCGGGCUGCUCUUCGAACCAGAAGAGUUCGUGACUGAGCUCAAGCGCCAGCUCCUGGUGCCAGUCUACGAGUCCGAGCACCACUGCCCGUGCUGCGACGGCGUGUGCGACAGGCACGGCCGCCACUCUCUCUGCGCGGGCGCUGGGGACCGCGUGUUGCGACACAGUGCCGCGCGGAACCUGGUCGGCUGCUUCGCUUCUUCGGCCGGCUACAACCCAGAACUGGAGCGCCCAGGGCUCUUGCCGCCCCGGCCCGACAGCACUCAGGCGCACGAAGCGACCGAGCGCGAGCACUUGGACACGGAGGCCCAGUGCAGGCGGCAGGGGAUCCUGUUC